AUUUAAUUAUCCAAUUGUAAAAUAUAUGUUCAUGCAAAAAUAUUUAACAUUUGAAAAUAAUAAUUAAAAUAAAAGGAAUUAAAUAACGUUGAAAUUAAAUAUAAAUAAAAAAUAUGGUAAGACUUUAUUUUAGUGUCGUAGUUACAUGUUACUACAUGUACUUACUAUAGUAAUAACAGUAAAUUAUGCAUAAUUACAAGUAACUAACCCUAAACCAAACCCUAACCCUAACUGUAACUCUAUAGUAAGUACAUGUCAUUAAUUAGUAGUACUCACUACUUAUUUAAGUAAUUACAAUGUAACUACGGCACUUUUUAAGUAAUGAUAAAUGUUAUUGAAUGCUUAAAAUAGUAUAAUAAAGUAAUUUAAACUACUAUAUAUGCAGAUAUCGAAAGCUAAGAUGAGUAGAACAUUGUUUGCAGACAGUAUGAAGGGAGCUACAGUGAAAUAUACAGUGUCUACAUUUACUCUCAGAAUUUAAUGCGAUACAUCUCUCUUGAAACACACGGCACACAUAAACUCAGUUCGGUGUCUGUGCGAGUGUGCGAUUCUCAGAAGGCCGGUGUUCAGUAGGUGAUUAUGUUCUGGAGAGCAGUUAUCAGUGUGCUUAGGCUGAUGAGAGGCCUCCUGUCCCGUGCGAGAUAAUAGAGCUCUGGGUCCCUCUGAUGCCUCUUUUGCCAUAGAUAACAGCACAUACACACAUUUACAACGUCAAACCUCGCUGCUGAGUUGCCUUUGUUGAAAGCAACUGCACUGACUCAUUUGAAUGGGAACACAUCAUUUUCCUAUGCAGUUUUUUGCUUGUGAGAACAAUCAAACAGGGUAAGGUCGCUCAAAUGAGUGGUUAAGUAAACACAAGCAGAUCAGUAAUGUCAGUAAGGUCUUGAAAUCCAACUCUGUUGGUCUGUUGUGAGCCUGAUUAUUCCUGCGUCUUGAGUCUGCAAGGUGAAUUAGAGCACAGCCUGUGUGAAAGAAUCAGACAGAAUAUAUAAAAAAUGUCCUUGGGUUAAUAUCUACCUGAUUGCAGGCUUGUGUUUAGCCUAAUUUAUUACUCAAAAAAGACAUCUUCACAGGUGGCAUCUUAUAAAGUUGGUUGAGAGAAUUCCUACAGUUUGCACAGCUAUGAUCUAAGCAAGAGUGGCUACUUUGUGGAAACUAAAAUAUAAGAGAGUUUUGGUUUUAUUAACAUAUUUUGAUCACUAUGAAAAUACUUCCAUUUGUGUUAUUUCAUGUUUUUUCAUGACUUUACUGUUAUUCUAAAAUGAGGAAUAUACAAAUAAUAAAUAAUAUGUAGAUGUUUACAAACCUUCCUCUGGAACAUUGUAUAUUAUUAUAUAUAAUAUUUUAGAAAUUUUUCAGCAGGAUUCUCAUAAACGUAAUUUCCCUAAAAGUAGUUUCAGGAUAAUUGCAUUUUUACAGAAGUAGCUUUAUGAUCGCAACAAAUGACUAAAUGACUGAUUAUUUUUAGAGUAUCACUGGGUUAUGUGUCAUGUGUUGAGUGAUCAGAUCAUUACCUUAUUAUUAUGGCAAACAAAUUUACAAUGUAGAAAUAACCUAUAAAUGUAAUCAAGAGGGUUAUUAUGAAAGUGCUUGUUGAUUGUGAAAGCUUCAUAUGAAUUGCUUGAUUUGACGAAAAGAUAUUAUUUCAUGGUCUUUAUGAGAUGGUUUAAAGGGGACCUAAAAUGCCCCUUUUACAAGAUGUAAUACAAGUCUCUGGUGUCCUCAGAAUGUGUCUGUGUAAUUUCAGCUCAAAAUACCCCACAGAUCAUUUAUAAUAGCUAUUUGGGUGUAAGCAAAAACACGCCAUUUUUGUGUGUCCCUUUAAAUGCAAAUGAGCUGCUGCUUCCGGCCCCCUAUCCAAAAGAGGGCGGAGCUUUAACAGCUCGCGCUUCGGUUGCUCAACAACAACAAAGCUGGAGAAUCUCAUGCAGCCAAAACAACGAUUGUCAGUAACAGUGUUCAGCCUUACAUUGUUCAAACCGAAGUCGGACACAGAUGGAGAGACUCAGGAAGAAGUUACAACUUUUAGAAUGAAACUGGAUGUUUCUGAAUGCUUUGAUCAUCAUCAAGCUGCAUUUUAAUGCUGCUGAACACUCUGUUCCAGCGGCUCCGACCCUGACCCAGACAGCCGUCAGAGGCUCAUCUGUGGAGUUGAUUUGUCAGGCUCCACUGGGUCAUGGUGGACUUGUAUUUAAACUUUUUAAAAUUCGCCAGCUGGUGGACACCGUAGAGCAUUCAACAGAAAAACAAAGUGCUCUCUUUAUGCUUAGGGGAAAAGAUACAGAGAAAGAGAAUCUGUAUUGCUGUCAGUAUGAAAACAGCAUGUACAGUUCCUACAUGCAGCCAGAGCCAAAUGACGUAGUUUCUGUCAGUCCCCCACCAUCCCCUCACUUGAAGGUCGAGCCCUCUGGUGGGAAUGUAAUGCCUGGUGAGACACUGUCAUUCCACUGUCAGGCUCCACCUGACCAUCAGAAACACCCCCCAAAGGCUUUCCUCCUGCUCCGGAGAGCCAUAGGAACCCCAGGCUCCAUGGUCGCCCCAGCCAAGCUGGUGUCUCAGUCCCAGGAAGCUCACUUCAGUGUGAAGACAAUUGGACGGGAGGACAGUGGGGAGUAUGUCUGCCUCUACCAACUCAAAUUACCAAACACGGGACAAUUGAACUCCACAGCCAGUCAGCCGGUACAUAUUAAUGUCAUAGAGCUCCCAGUCCCCACUCUGUCUUUAUCUCAACACGAGGGUGAAUUUCUGGAGUGUGUGGGGUCACCCUCAUAUCUACAAGGCUUCUUCUCUUUAUUUCGUGUGGGUGUCCUGUCACCUGAGGCGACCCAUCAGGCUUCCCUGACCCAAUACAGUGCUAGAUUUCCCAUACCCACUUAUUAUGAACAUGGUGCACAGUAUCAGUGUCAGUACAGCAUGCCACUGGGCAACUCUCGUGCAUACUCUAAAAUGAGCACGCCAGUACCUCUCCCAUGCAUUACAGGAUAUCACUCAUGCACACAGGCCUCUACAGGCAGCACAGACAUAGCUCUUAUUGUUGGCUCUGUGUCUGCGGGUGUUCUGUUCCUCAUGGUGGUGUCACUCCUGGGCUUCAUGGUGCACAGACAUAUCAAAAACACAUCAGAAAGAAGGAGACAAAGAGAACAAGAAAAAUUCUGGCAAUGUGUUCACUCCAGAGAUCAUAUUGUUGACCUCACUCUGCAGCGUGUUGACAUUGGAUCUGAGGACAUUGGAGGGAUGCUUAGAGGAAGACCCACAGAGUCAGAGCCUAUCUAUGACAGUCCCAUGACAACCUUUCAAAACCCUUCAUUUUGCUGAUAUCUAUUUAUCUCUGUCUGUCUAUCUAGUCUGUCUACAUUGUAAAACAUUUUCAUCUGUUUCAACUUAAAAACUUAAAAGAUUAGUUCACUUUCAAAUGAAAAUUAGCCCAAGCUUUACUCACCCUCAAGCCAUCCUAGGUGUAUAUGACUUUCUUGUUUCUGACGAAAACAAUCGGAGAAAUAUUAAUAAAUAUCCUGACGCAUCCUAGCUUUAUAAUGGCAGUAUUCGUUACCAAACGAGUAUGAGCUGAAGAAAGUGUCUUCAUCCACAUCCAUCCAUCAUAAACAUAUUCCACACGGAUCCGGAGAGUUAAUAAAGGCCUUCUGAAGCGAAGCAAUGCGUUUGUGUAAAAACAUAUCCAUAUUUAACAAGUUAUGAAGUAGUAUAUCUAGCUUCCGCCAGACCGCCUUCCGCAUUCAAAUUACGGAAAAAACAGAACUGCCGUUGCGUCAAUUCCGUAAGUUAAGGCGUAGGACCUACAGCGUAAGCUUUUUGAAGAAUAAGAAAGCCUUCGCUUCAGAAAGCCUUUAUUAACUCUCCGGAGACGCGUGGAAUAUGUUUAUGAUGGAUGGAUGUGGAUGGAGACACUUUCUUCAGCUCAUACUCGUUUGGUAUACUGCCAUUAUAAAGCUCGGAUGCGUCAGGAUAUUUAUUAAUACUUCUCCGAUUGUCUUCGUCAGAAACAAGAAAGUCAUAUACACCUAGGAUGGCUUGAGGGUGGCUUGAGGUGAAAGUGAACUAAUCCUUUAAGUUUAGUUGCUGCCUUGCACUUUUAAGUUGAUUUAACUUAAAAUUUAAGUCAUUUUAACGCACUAUUUUAAGCUAGUAUUAUUUUGGCUAGUGCUGAACUGAUCUCUUUAAGUUAAUUUGACUUUUUUGCUUAUUAAACUUAUUACUUUUACAUUUAUAGCAAGGAUGCAUUAAAUUGAUCAAAACAUUUACAUUUCUUCAUACUUUUUAUAGCAAGGAUGCAUUAAAUUGAUCAAAAAUGACAGUAAACACAUUUGUAUAAUAUUACAGAUUUCUAUUUAAGAUUUUUUUUUUUAAGUUUUAAGAUUUCUAUUUAAAGUAAAUACUGUUCUAUUUCUAUUCACCAAAGAAUCCACCAUUUAUCUGUCUGUCUGUCUGUCAUUCAGAUACUACAUUUUGUUUGACAUACUCUGUAUACUGUGAUGUUUAUUUAAAGUUGAAACAUUUUAUAUUUUUAAAUAAUGUGUGAGUAAAUAAUUGUCUACUGUAGUUCUUUGUACUAUAUUUUUCACUGAGAUAUGAAUCGUUCUGUCAGCAGGGGGCUCUGGACAUCCAGAUAUAAUGUGAGAUUAAUGUUUCAGUGAAGCACUGUUAGUUUUGAGUGUUGGUCACUAAAUCUUUGUAAAUCAUUUUAUAGAUUCAAUCAUCUAAAGCCGAAAAGCUUUCAUUUGUGUUUCUUUUCACAGCAGAUGCUUAUUAAGAAUUUCUUACUAAUGUCAUUUAGUUGAAGUAGUGCCUUUUCAUUUCCUUUUUGCUGAUCAUGAAACCUAAAAAAGGAAACCUUUUAUUUGACAGUCAUGCCAGAACUACAUUCCUGUAAUCAAAUUAAACAUCUAUUGUACAAUACUAGUUUAAAACUACCAUUUAUGUCUUCACAUAGUCUAUCUGUACUGAAACUCUUUUGAUUAUCAAACCAUAAAGCAUUUACAGCUCUCUUCCAGUCAGAGGUGA